CUCUGUUGCGUUAGAAUUUCCAGGCGUCGAACGUGGCGAACUGAACUCAGUGAAAUUAAUUAUUUUUCUUGAUCUUGGAUAAAUUAUAUUGUUUUUGACGAUUAUCAGACUAAAAUUUUAAUAUAUUGUAACAUGUCCUCUUCGGGAGAUUUCGGUAACCCUUUAAGGAAAUUCAAGCUUGUAUUCCUUGGGGAACAAAGCGUCGGCAAGACGUCACUUAUUACAAGAUUCAUGUAUGAUAGUUUUGAUAACACGUAUCAGGCAACAAUUGGUAUAGAUUUUCUUUCCAAGACUAUGUACCUUGAAGAUCGAACAGUACGUCUUCAGUUGUGGGACACCGCAGGUCAAGAACGAUUUCGCAGUCUCAUUCCCAGCUACAUACGCGAUUCUACAGUAGCAGUCGUUGUCUAUGAUAUCACAAAUGCUAAUUCCUUCCAUCAGACAUCAAAAUGGAUUGAUGAUGUCCGAACGGAACGAGGAAGUGAUGUAAUUAUAAUGCUAGUAGGCAACAAAACAGAUUUAGCAGAUAAAAGACAAGUAUCUAUUGAUGAAGGAGAAAAGAAAGCAAAAGAUUUGAAUGUGUUGUUUAUUGAAACGAGUGCGAAGUCUGGUUACAAUGUCAAACAGCUUUUCCGAAGGGUGGCUGCUGCACUUCCCGGAAUGGAAACAACAGAGCAGAAAAACCCCAAUGAACUCAUCGACAUCAAGCUUGACCCAAACACACGCUCCCAGGAACCUCAACCACAAACCGGUGGCUGUGCAUGCUGAUGAAACAGCCUCUGUGAUUGGUGGGUGUGGGCUGUGCACUGAUUUGAUUGGUCAAAUAGAUUAUUCUUACCAUUAAAUUGGGUUGGGCUUAUAGGUAGAAAAAACAUCAAAUCUAGCCAAAAUAAACUGUUAGAUUUUGGGGCAGAUAAUGUCAGUAUUUUUCUAUCGUGUCCAAACAUUUAAAUUCAGAUUUUUUUUUUUGUGAAAAUCUUGUAAUUAUGGUACUAAAAUAUUUAAUGUAAUGAGCACAACAUUUUUAUCAUUGUCUUUAGAAAAUAGUAUGUAUAGAAGUGGUAGCAUGGAAACAAAGCUUGUAUAGGUCAUCAGGCUUGUAACCAGUUGGCAAGUGGUGUUUUCUAAACCCCUUUUCAAGUGGGAAACUCCUCUGAUAUACCAUAUUACCCCUCCUUAUGUGUCAACAACCAUCAGAUGAUGGUAAAAUUCACAAGUUACAUGUAAAGCCAGGUAACUAACAGCGCCCGACGGUCCUCGGUAGAUGCAAUUCUAUGAAUAACGCAACGCGACAGCGUGUGCGCUACAGAUCGUUUUUAAUGACGAUCCGUUCUGACAGCCACCGACAUAAGCAGACGGCGUUGCUUCUUCCAGCUUACGCAGGGAGCAGAGUUGGAUUCGUUGUACGAUGGUCACAUGACCGUCAUACCACGCAGUGAGUGCCCAGCUUCAGAGUGCUUAAGCCUAAAGCUCUAUCCACACUAUAAAAUUUUCUUUGACAAAAUAAUGUGACAUGCCCAUAUAUGGUAAUGCUAUGCCUAUAUAUGGUCAUGGUGUGAUGUCAUCAUGCCUAUAUAUGGGCAUAUCACACGUUUUUGUCACACAAAAUUUGAUAGUGUAAACAGAGCUUAAGAGCAUUUGCCCCUGCCACCCACAGGAUCCUG